GCAACUAACACAAUAUUGUAAAGCAAUUAUCUUCCAAUUUUUAAAAAAAAAGAAUGGAGGCAGAGGAAAGUUAAGUAAUUUGCCUGAAGGAAAGUUAAGUUGAGUAAUUUGCUCAACAGAGAUGAGCUCCGGAUUCCGUUCUUAACCAUCUGCUACUGAUGAGGCGAAAUUAAACCAUUUCAAAAAAUGCCUACCUCCUCACUUCGGGGAAAUAAUAGUGUUUUCCUGGCGUCUACACUGUGAACAGUUUUCCCCUCUUUACCAAGCCAGAAACUAGUGCCACCUUUCCAGGCGUCCUCAUUACUCCCUCCCCUCCCAGUCUAGCCUCAGGGCCUUCUCUCCUGUCCACUGGUCCGAGACAGUUGUUGGAAGUUGCGUUCCCCAGUUGGAGUGGGUCUAAAUUUCUGUCGGCCGGUUGGAACCAAGCAGCAGUAGAUCCCGCCCUAAGAGGCUCAGGGCCAAGCCGUGGGCGGGGCCAGCAGAGGGGGCGGGAACUGGGCCCCGGCUGACUUGCCUCUACACUGUACUGCGCUUGCAGCUCAGAGCGGAGCCAUGAGCUGGACCUGCCCGCGUUGUCAGCAACCCGUUUUCUUUGCAGAGAAAGUGAGCUCCCUGGGCAAGAACUGGCACCCAUUCUGCCUGAAAUGUGAGCACUGCCACAGCGUCCUGUCCCCAGGAGGGCAUGCAGAGCACAACGGAAGGCCAUAUUGCCACAAACCAUGCUAUGGGGCUCUCUUUGGACCCAGAGGGGUGAACAUUGGUGGUGUGGGCUCCUACCUCUACAAACCUCCCAUUCCCACACCUGCCAGCACCACUCACCUUAGCCCCAGCAGCUUCAGCCCCCCCAGGCCCAGGACUGGCCUCCCUCAGGGCAAGAAAAGCCCUCCCCACAUGAAGACAUUCACUGGGGAGACCUCAUUGUGCCCAGGCUGUGAGGAACCUGUCUAUUUUGCUGAGACGGUGAUGUCUUUGGGCAGAAAUUGGCACCGACCCUGCCUGAGGUGCCAGCGGUGCCGGAAGACCCUGACUGCUGGGAGUCACGCUGAGCAUGACGGCGCCCCCUACUGCCACAUUCCCUGCUAUGGCUACCUGUUUGGCCCCAAAGGUGUGAACAUUGGUGAUGUGGGCUGCUACAUCUAUGACCCCGUGGAGAUAAAAUCUAAAUGAAAUACUCACAGGAGAGGUCACACUAACCCGGGUCUUCCAUCAACCCCUCCAUGGUCCAAUGGAAGCUACAGAAUUUUCUAGUCCCAUGACAGUGGGAGAAGGUGGGAUUCUGGCGGCCUGGGCCUAGGCUCCAUGGUAGGCCAGAGUCUACACUUUCUCUGCCAACUCCUCCCUCUCCCAUUCCUAUCUGGUCAGGGGACACAGGCCCACCUCAGUCGAAGGGUAGCCUCUUGGUCUUUCCAAUCCCUUGACCCAGAAAAUUCUGUAACUUCAAGGUACUCAUAAAACUUGUGUUUAUUUUUGCUUCUCCAAUAAAACGUUGGCUCCCA